AACCCGUUUGCACAAAUGGCUCGUCAACCACAACCAAGGUUAAAUGACCAAACCAAAGUUAACCGCAACCAAUGGGUCUUGAAAAUGUCUAGCUUGGUGCAACGUAUAUAAAUGAAAUGAUAUCUUGUUAUUUUACUACCUUCCACUCCAUGAAGAAACUCCAUGAAGAAAUCAAAUAUUAGCUUCGUUUUAUUGUUCCUAAUAUCCCUAUCAAUAUUAUAUCUUGUUGUUGAUUCAAAAGUCUUGAUAAUAUUCAAGAAUGAUUGUGAUGAACCCGUUUGGCCUCUAGCCAAAUCAAAUGGCGGCAUCACACCAUGGCUGCUUUCGACAACAGAUGGUUUCGUCCUCCAACCUGGUGAAUCCGAAAACAUCUCUAUCCCGCCUUUCUGGUCCGGUUCCAUAUGGGGCUGAACCCGAUGCCACAUGGAAGACUCCAGCGAUUUUCAUUGUCUCAUCGGAGACUAUGGGUCUGACAAGAUAGGAUGUGGUGGUGAAAGCGACUUGUUGCAACCCGCCUCAACCACCAUCGCGGCGUUCAUGUUGAACGCAAUAGAUGGGAUGGACUAUUAUGAGGUGAGCUUCAAAACGGAUAUAAUCUUCCCAUUACAGUGACUCCUAUGGAUAGCAGAAGUGGUGGAGAUGAUGAACAUAACUGUGCUACUGCCGGAUGUGCUGUGAAUUUGACCAACUCGUGCCCAAAGGAGCUCCGGUACAGCGACGAGAGCUUGGGGUGUAAGAGUGCAUGCCAGGCCUUUGGGGAGCCCAGCUUCUGUUGCAGUAACCGCUAUACAGACUUCUUUAAGGAAACAUGUCCCAAGGCCAACAGCUUUGCUAAUGAAAAUCCUAGCACCUGUUCCUACCCUUCUUUUGGGCAUGAUUUUCACAUCAUUUUUUGUCCUUCCUCUUCAACCACCAGGUCUACCAGUUCAGAUAAAUUGCUCACGGAGCCCAUGGAGUCAGAUUCGAAGUUUGACUCGCGGACAAAAAUCAAGAAUAACUCUAGGAAGUGGAAUAAGUACAAAAUUGCUGCACUCGUAUCUGGGGCUUUGCUAACAGCGACGUUGUCCAUUGCGGUCUCCUGCAGGUUGAGGGAUGUACAUUGUUGCAAUGUACAAAUUAAUACUACUUUGAGGCUAUAAUAUUUAGGUUCAAUUUGUAUAUUUAUUGUAGGAUUUCGGAUAUCUUUCGGGUGUGAUUUGUAUUCCUGAUUGUUUUCUUGUUCUGUGUUGUUUAUUUGCUUAAAUUCCUAUAUCGUCAUUUUAGAUCUUUAUUGUGCAAAAUAAACAACAUACAAGUUUUUGCUUUUUGAUUGUCAAAUUGGGUGUUUGCUUCUUUCUAAUCUUAAUUAUGGUA